UGCUUGGCAACCUGGAGUCCAGCAACUGUAUCUAGGGGUGUCAUAAGCUAUUUCCCCCACCAUACAGUUUUAGUGUGGGACCUUGUGGGCGUAUCUUGAUUUUUCCAUAAUUCUGAGUUGGGGAAUUAGUGGGCCAAAGGACAAAUACUGAGCUAAUUCUGAGUUGGGGAAUUAGUGGGCUAAAGGACAAAUACUAGGGAAAAUCCGAAGGUCAGGGCCAGGCGGUGAGACCAGUAAGUAUCUUCAGUCAUGAAGAACUUGGUUCAUGGAAUUAAGGAAAAGACACCUAUGGGUUUCUGCGAUGUCCCAGGAAAAAACUUGUUGGACUUUUUACGGGAUAUGAAAAGCAUUUGUGCAAACGAAGCCAGAUACAAACCUCGCAAAAAGAUCCACCAGGCUGCAAGUGAAGGUGAUGUCAAGAAACUGCAGAGAAUGAUAAACCUUGGGAAACACAGCGUGCAUGACAGAGACUUUAAGGAAAGGACUGCUCUGCAUUUUGCUUGCAUCUAUGGCAGGGAAGAAGUAGUAAGUAUUCUACUGAGAAAUAAUUGUGAUAUUGAUGCUGUUGACAGGAAUUCCGUCACACCUCUGAUGAAGGCUGUACAAAACUGGUCAUAUGGGUGCAUGUGUACAUUGUUGAAGCACGGUGCUAAUCCCAAUCGUAUGGACAAAAAUGGCAAUACUUCUCUUCACUAUGCUGUGUCUGAAGACAAUCAGAAGCUGGUUGAAUAUUUGCUUAAAUACAAUGCAGACAUGGAACAAAAGAACAAGGAUGGCUUUACACCACUUUUACUGGCUCUCAAGGAAAACAAAAUAGAGAUGGCGAAAUUUUUAGUAAAGAAGGGGGCAAAUAUACAUGUAUUUGAUAAGAUGAAAAGAAACACACUCUUAUAUGCCAUAAGAUGGGAUUCAACAGAUAUGGUCAGUCUAUUUCUGGAUGAAGGCAUUGACUUUUUCUUUAAAGAUGUGUUUGGAUGGACUGCGUUACGCUAUGCUAUUGAAGGCACAAGGAAAGGGUAGGUAUUUGCAGUGUAAUGCUAGCAAACACUAACUUGCAGUUCAAAUUAAUCCCAAAGUCUUCAUCUUCCUCUCAUAAUGUAUUAUUGUUGACUCUAGGUUGUUUUGGAAUAACAGUGAAUAUCCAGUAUGCAAAAUGCAUACCAUUAGAAUUAGAAUGAAGAAGUGUUUCUUUAUCUCAUGAUUUGGUUUUGUAUUGCUGAAGACUGAACCAAGUGCCUCAUUUGUGCUGGGCAAUUCUGUAAAUGAACUAUAUCUCUGUGUAGAACUUUCUGGAACUUAGAAAUUAUGGAUCCUAACAUUUUCCAUUUCAUCCAAUUAUAAACCCUAUACUUUAUAUAUUCAGAUGUUUCAUAUUCUAAUUAGCUGUUUUAGUCUUCAAUUACAGUGUUGCAGAAAAUUGUGUUUCUUCCUCUGGGGGGCUUUCUUCUAUAUAUUAUUUUUGAAUCUUGAAAAAUGUACAGGUUUCCGGAUUCCCUAAGUCCCAGGAGGAAUGCUCUCUUUCACAAGACAGGUGGAGCAAGAAGAGGACAUCUAGUCCUUCUUUUGUUUUUAUGAUUCUGUUGCUGCAGUGUUGCUAGUCACACUUGUCCUGGAGAUCAGUAGAGCCUGACCUCUAUGAUGAGGCUGCCUUUGUUGAAUCAGUUCUCUAAUGAUUUAUGGCAGUUCACAUUGACACUGAAAAGUUACAAUAUUUUAAUUGAGCUGUUAGUCCCAAAGUGACAGUGCUUUCCUUUGGCUGCUGGGAGUUUCAGCUUGUGCCACACCCAUUGCUACCUAUUUGACCAUUCUCAUUUAUUCAGAACCUUCCAUGGAUCCACAUGUCAUUUUAACCCUAGACCUUUAUUGUUUAUUAACUGUGAAGAGUCUGUUCAUCUCUUUUGGUAGAAAAUAUGCCUUGGGAUCAUUGUAAGCUGUCAUGAAUGUUUAAAUCAUGUUUCAGGGAAUAUCACAAAUCUUUAUUCAGUACUACUAGAAACAGACCCCUUUGCAUUUUGUGCAGCAUCCUUUCCUAGGUGCUAUGAGAGCCAAUAUUAUCAUUCUCUGAGUAGUUGUCAGCCUUAGUCUGUAUUUAAGAGACCUCAUUCACAUUAUGUUCCAAUGGAAUCCAUGGGUAGGAUAGGAUUUUAUCUUGGAAGGAAUUUGGACACAAACAGACCAAUCAAUCUUUCUAACAAGGAUCUGUAGGUUCAGAGCUUGAUUAGGUACAGGAAGACUGCAAGUAACUAAGUGACAUUUUGUAAAGUGUUAGUUUGAAGUUUUUGGUCAUUGUGUGUUUGGUAAUAGCGAACAAUCAUUUUAUUUAGUGGAAAGAAAUCACAUGAUAAAAAGCUUAUAUUUUCAAGUUGUUAAAUAGCUCAUUUUUCCCCAAAUGAUAAGACAAAAUUAGAGCAGCUAUCAAUGUAAUUUAGAGGGCUUAUGAUGGUAAAUUCUAAUUAUCAAGUCAUGAAGCUUAAAGUCUCCUGGAGGAGGGGUGUCAGUGAGUGAUCAUUUAGAUCAGAUUGACCUGUAAGAUGGUCAGUGGGGAACUUUCUUGAUUGUUGAUAGAUGUGGGAAGACCCAGACUAGGAGUAGCAUCAUUUCCUAGGCAGGAGUCUGUUGUGGAAUAUUAAUUUAAGGUGUGU